CAACUUCAGAGGUGUCAUUAUUUAUUAUUUCCUGCUCUCCGUCAGGUUUAAAAGAAACCUGUUCGUUCAGUAAUUUUUUGUGGGACAGGUUGUCCUUUCUAGUCAUGAACCAUUUAACUUUGUUGUUCAAUUGUUGGAAUUUGGAAAUAAUUGUUUGAGUCAGUGGUACAUUUUUUAAAUUUAGGUGAGAUGCAAUGAAACGGCAUAUUUCAUUCCAUGCUAACGAUUCCGUUUUGUACUUUAAGCGACAAAGUUCAAGAAAAAUCUCAUUUGUUAAGUCAAACUCACAUAGUUCCUUAAUUUCACCCUACAAUAACUUUUGCUUGCUGAAUACACCUAAACAAUUUGCCAUUUUUUGCCCACUUUCACCAAUAAAUAUUUUUUCAAGCCACUCUUCACUGACUUGGUUUUCAUUUUUGUUCAUAUAUUUUCGGAAUGCUCGGACAACAUUAUUAAUUUGAGUUUCUUUUUUUUCGAUUUUGCAGUUUAAAUUUUUGAGCAUAUACAUUAAUGCACGAUUCCUAUUAGAGCAACUAUUUUCAGCUAUUUCUAAUAGAAUUUUGAAAAUGGCGUAGCUAAUUUCUGUGUCAAUUGAUAAUGGCCAUUCUUCAGAUGAGAAUAAUCUUAAUUCACCGUUCCCGUAAAAGAGAGUUUUCGCAAUGCAUUGUGGUAAAUGUAGUCAAAAACAUAAACAAUCAUGGAGGCGUCAGGAGAAAAAACACUUAAUACAGAUAUUUUAUCAGCUUGUUCAACACCUAAAAACAGCUUUUUUCAAAGCUUUAUUUCACCAAACAACAUCGAAGUUUCCUUAGACAAUUUAUCUACAGAUUUCACCGUAGAGAAUGCUACACACAUUGGGAAUUUGCCAGGAACUUCAACAACAAACGCUGCAGCUGGGGGAGGAUUUACAUGUUGUGUACCUUUAUGUUACAACAACUCAAAAAGAAACAGAGAAUUGUCGUUUUACGUCAUUCCAAAAGAUGAAGGUUUAAGAAAGACUUGGCUUUCAAAAAUAAGUAGAAAAAACUCUAAACCAACAUCAGGCCAUAGAGUAUGCUCUGCUCAUUUUGAAGGUGGUAAAAAAACGUACAUGAACAAUAUUCCAACGAUUGUACCAAAAACUAUAGCACCUACACCGGUUAAAAAAAGAAACACCAUGACUAGUCUUGUUUUAAAAAGAAAGCUACCUUCCCCUGAAAAACCUAAAGAUCCUGAGCUGACUGUAGAAGAGGCAUUACAGCAAGAGAUUCAAAAAUUGGAAGCAACCAUAGCUAAUAUGAAAGUUGAAAUAACAAAAAAAGAAAACUCUUUAUUAGCAGAGAUAAAUUCUUUACAAACAGAAGUUGAUGAAAAUAAAUUUACAGUGGACAGAUUUAAACACAACACUGCACAUUUUAAAUUUUACACUGGUUUUGAAAGCUACAAAAUGUUUAAACUUGUACUUGAAUAUUUACAACCAGCUGCUGACUCUCUAAUAUACUAGGGAUCAAAUACUAACAUUGAAAACACAAAAACCUAUAAUGGUAAACGUGGGCGAUCCAGAGCUACAACAGCUGAAACAGAAUUUUUUAUGAUUCUUAUUAGACUUCGCUGUGGAUUUCCUAUUGAAGAUAUGGCAAUACGAUUUAACAUGCCGACUAGUAAUGUAAGUCGAAUAUUCAUUACUUGGAUAGACUU